AUGUCGCAGUCGCCCAGCAAGCAGCGCAAGUUGUCCCCCGAGGUGGGCGCGCCGAGCACACCGAGUCGCAUUCCAGCACCUAGGGGAACCGGGAGGGCCACAACACCUGUUAGGAAUACGCCGGGGGGAGGACCUUCUGCGUCGCCCAGUAAGGCUGGAGCGAGUGUGUCGCGACCACCUGCGCAGGUGGUGGAGGGGGAUGUGGGGUCCCAAGCUGAAGAGGGCGUUGAGGUGCCGGGGAUAAUUGGCCAGGCAGGACAGACGGGGGAGGUAGAGGCGACAACACCCAGGGGAACGAGGAGGACACCGAGGGGUGGAAUGACGUUCGCGCCGAGGAGGAGGUCGCAGUCGCCGCAGAAACAGGAUCCGAAGACCUCGACUCCGGCGGGUGGGAAUAAUGAGCAAAAUCCGUUUCAGAAGAAGGGGUUGAAACGAUCGCCUAUAUCGACCGCGGACACUGCUGGGGGGACGGAUGAGCAGUAUCCGUUUCAGAAGAAGGGGGGGCUACGACGAUCGCCUAUACCGGAGACGGGUGCUGCUGAGGUUGUGCCGCAGAUGGGGAAGACACAGGAAGGGCCGGUGGUGGCUAGGCCUACGACGCAAUCGACUACGCCACAGUCGAUUCCGCCAGCGCCUGCGGUGACUGCUGAGAUUGUGGACCCUUUCAAAAAGGGUGGGCUGCGUCGGUCGGAUGUCGCUUCUCCUGCGCCUGCAGUUCCUGCAGUGCCAAUUGAACCGACCGAGCCUACGGAUCCCUUCAAGAAGAGCGGAUUACGCCGUUCGGAUAUUGCUUCCCCGGCACCUGCAGCACCUGCAGCGACUGUGGCGACUGUAGCGCCUGUCGCGCCUGUAGCUCCCACCGAGCCUACGGAUCCCUUCAAAAAGGGCGGACUACGCCGGUCGGGCAUUGCUUCCCCAGCACCCGCAGCUCCUGCAGCAUCUACAGCACCACCCACCGAGCCUACCAAGCCUACCAAUCCAUUUAAAAAGAGCGGACUACGCCGGUCAGACGUUGCUUCUCCUGCCGCUGUAGUGGCUGCAGCGCCCACCGAACCCACAGAGCCUACCAACCCUUUUAAAAAGAGCGGAUUGCGUCGGUCAGACGUUGCUUCCCCGGCACCCGUGGCGCCCACGGAGCCUGCUGACCCGUUCAAAAAAGGUGGACUACGCCGAUCAAACGUUGCCCCUACGGCGCCUACAAAUAAUACACCCGCUGAGAACGCGCCUACAGAGGAAACACCUACCGAGAACACACGCACAGAGAGAGCAGUCACUGAGGAAACACACCCAAAUACACAGAGCACCGCACCCCUCAAUGCUCCGGUUCAAGAAUCAGCGCCAGAGCCACAACCACAACCGCAGUCACAGCCAGAACCUCAAGUAGAACUCGAACCGGAGCCAGAACUCCCCCCAACGCCAACCCAACUUGGCAUCCCCGAUCCUGUCGUAACCACCGAACCAACAGGAAUCCACAAUACGCCCAGCAAGCGCCCCAAGCGCCCCAGGAGCACAACUCUCAAAUCCUCACCCCUCAAACCCCGCGAUCCUCUACCCACCCAGCCAGUACCAGCAACAGUAGCGGCAACAGCCUCAUCAUCAGCCUCAGCACCCCCUCUUUCCGCCUUCCCAUUAAAAAACAAAACAAAACCAACAACAACAACAACAACAGCCACCUCCGAACCCCCCCCCAAACGCCGCAAAUCAUCCCCCCCUCCCUCCCGCAACCUCUUACCCCCCGACCCACACGCAGCCAAAAAACGCCGCCGCGCUGCCCUCCUCGCCGAAGUAGCCCAGCUCGAAGCAGACCUCGUCCUCGCCGAAGCCGAGAACGCGCGGAUCCGCCGCCACCACGAGGCUGGACGGCGGGAUGUCCCCGCGCCGAAGAACGAGGAUGCGAUUUUUGACCUCCUUCUCAGGGCUACGCGGCCGAGGGUGGCUGGGGGGGGGGAGGAGAGGCCGAGGAAGAAGAGCGUUAUGAUAAAUGUUGGUGCGUUUUUGCCGUUUGCGAAGAAAAGGAGGCCGGUGGUGAGCAAAGAGGUGGUGGUGAAGGAGGGGGGGCUGCCGUCGUAUGGUCCGGUGGAGGUGGAGGAUCCGAUGGCGUAUCUUUCUGUCUUCUCGCCGCUGGGGUUUACGUCUACGACUACGAUUUUGGCCUCUGUGGGCGAGUCCGGGGCGGUGUUGCAGCGACGCGAUGUUGUGGCGAAGGCGCGGGGGGGGUUGUUUCAUGCGCGCGUGGGGGUGGUGGUUGAUACGGCGUCGUUGGCGGUUGUGGGCGUGGAUGUGGAUGGGCUGGAUGGGAAUGCGGAGCCGGAGAUUGGGGGGUGGAUGAGGGAGAGGGCGGGGGAGGGGAUGUUGGGUCGCGAUGUGAAUGCGGUGUUUUAUGGGAUGGGGCAGUGGGUUGAGGGGGCGGCGAAGAGGGCGAGGUUUUGGUGCCAGAUUGGAGAGGAGUUUGGGUGUGGGGGUGGGAAGGGGAAGAUGAAGGAGAAGGAGAAGAGGAGCAAGGGGAAGGGUAGGGAGGGGGAGGAUGUGGAGCUGGAUGAGGGAGUGGGCGCGGGGAAGUGGACGGCGAAGGAUCUGCUACCGCACAUGAGACGGACGGCACUCGUGCUGCCGGUUGAGGACGUGGAGGUCACGGUGGAGUGGCGCAUCGCGCUCGACUGGACGGGUGAGGCGGAACAUGCUAUCUCGGCGUCGGCGCGGGUGCCGCGGGGCUGGCAUGAGCAGGAUGAGCGGCGCAGUCUGACGAGGCUGCCGGAGAUGUUUCGGAAGCUGGUAGAGAGCCGCGGACCGGUGGUGGCGGUGAGGACUGUUGUAGCUGGGUUGCUGGGUUGAUGGGGGCGAUUGAAUGGGGUUAUGUGGUAUGUGGUAUGGUUGUACGGUAUAGGAGGGGAUAUGAGAGGGGUGUAAUACUGUAGUGCACGAUUAUGAUAAUGAUACCCGUUUACCCAUCCUCCAUUCAUCGCGCCUCACCGCGCUCCUUGUAAUCGUACAAC